GUCUGUAGUAUAGCACUCUGCCGCAUCAGCUUGGUGAGGAAAAACUCAGCCAGGAACCAAUGUGAGCGUUACGAGCAACCAGGCGGUACAGUGAAACUGCUGCUGACAGCGUUCAAGRGCCCUGGAGAUCAAUCAGCUGCAAUUGUCUUUAGCAGACCUCUCAUUGCUUCAGGAGUUGGUGAUUGAGUUAAUUGCAUGCUGUUAUAAGUGACGGAAACAUUAUCGCUACGAAGGUGAUGGGUGGGAAGCAGUCCCGCAGCCUGUCCAGGUCAGAGUUGAACGAGGUGAGUGUGUGCCAAAGGAGGAAGGGUACAAUUAGAGACGAGCAACCCAGCCUGUCCUGGGCAGCGGAGAGGAUCCGUAAACAAACCAGCGUACACUUUGGUUUCAGUAUUCUGAGUUUAGCCAUGCGGGGGUUGGAUGAAACCCCCGCCGAGCUGUGGGAGCUCCAGGACCUUCAGAAGCUCAACUUGUCCAUGAACUGUCUGUGCUCCUUGCCUCCCGCUCUGGGUUCUCUGGACAAUCUGGUGAUUCUCAACUUGUUGGGAAACAACCUGUCCAGCCUGCCCCCUGAGAUCGGUCUGCUGAAGAAGCUCCGYGUGCUGUUCGCCUGUCGCAACCGCCUGAGCGAGGUCCCUGAGGAGCUGGGCUCCUGCACACGCCUGGAGGUGCUGAGCUUGGCCAACAACCAGAUCUCCAGCCUCCCCAGCAGCUUGGCUGCCAUGCAUCAUCUGACCAAACUCAACCUCAGUCACAACCGCAUUGUUCACAUCCCCACCUGCGUCUACAGCAUGAAAGGACUGGUCUUCCUGCACUUGGCCUGCAACCGCUUGGAGACCAUAGCGGAUCAGAUUCAGGACCUGGUUAACCUGAAGAUCCUGAUYGUGGAGGGAAACAGCAUACACACUCUUCCAAAGACUUUGUGUUUCUUGGAUUCAUUAGAGCUUCUGAAUGUGGACUUUAACGAGCUGCAAAAUGUGCCUGAUGAGAUGUACCAGCUGAGCAGACUCAGGCGGCUGGCCUGCCACCCACUGGAUAAAGGACUUCAUAUAAUUCACAACCCGCUCCUCAAGCCUAUCCAUGAGGUGCUGCAAGGUGGACUCAGUGCCCUGUAUAACUACCUCAAGCCCACUUAAGCAAGCACCACUGUUUGUGUGUGUGUGUGUAUGUGUGUGUGUGUUUGUGUGUGUGUGUGUGUGCGUG